AUGCCGGCGCUGCAGAGACCGGCUGCUCUUGUGACACUGGUGAGCGGAGCCUGCGCUAGGGCGGCGGGCUGCUGGGUAAGGAGUUCUUCAGGUACCUCUUCGUCCCCUUCCCGGCCAGCAAUUGCAGCCAAACACCCAUACCAAGUGGAUUUGAAGGCAGGAAAGCGUUACGCGUGGUGUGCCUGUGGCCACAGCAAGAAACAGCCUUUCUGUGAUGGAUCCCAUAAAACAGCGGCCCCAGAUCUCUCUCCCCUGAGGUUCCAGCUGGAGGAGGCCAAGAGCGCCUGGCUGUGUGGGUGCAAACACACCAAAUCCCCUCCUUACUGUGAUGGCACCCACAAGGAGGAGUUCAUUCAGAAAGCAGAGGUCCCUGGGCAGCCUUGA